AUGGCAGAUCCACGACAUGAGAUUCCGAUCGACGAGGUUCAGGCGGCUUUAAUAUAUUGGAGUCCUUCGGCUGGAGUCGCCCAUGCUUUCACUGGCGAAGAUAUUGAUCUUACUGUCAAUGCAGGGGACCAGGGCUCAGCGAAUGAGCCCGGCUACGCUGUCUCUUUUGCUCAAACCACAAUUGACCACGCUAUAGCCGCUACUAGGGAUAACCUUGAAGCAAUAAUAAGCGGCGAAGUUGGUGCAGAAAUUUUCGCUGAUGACGAAGGCUCCCUAGACGCCUUGAUGACGGAGCAUGCAGAAGAAGGGGAACCGCGCGAGUUCCAGAGCGAACCAGGGACUGCAGACGGGGAAAGAAUCAAUGCAGAAGAGCAGAGAAACUCUUCUACUAGCCCCCUUGCCAGCGAAGAAGGACAAGGAGACGAUUUAGAUGAUGAUGAUAACCCGUCCUCUUCUAACGACACAACCGCGUUGCCUGAAAGAGUGCGCACCGGUGAGUUCAAGAAGCAUAUUGCUGAACUUGGCCCCGACGAUCAUCCCUCUACUCCUAUCCUCCUACGCUUCAAAGCCCCGGCUCUGCAAGAAACCAUAGCAUUUGACGUCGACAGAUAUGACUGCGAUAGCCUCAACAUCGAGCUACGCAAGUACAAUGGUGCAACUACACGCUAUAAUCAAGAGGUCGGCAACAUAAUUUCCUCGGUCGAUGUCGACGUGGCUGACUUCAGUCAUCUUGAAGAGAUUAAAACCGUGGGCGUGUAUCUGAGCAAGGCCGGUGCCGUUGCAGGUCUCAUCAUGAGUUACAUCUUCGAUGAUGAGGAGUCAGCAGCCUUUUAG